AUGGCUAGGGUGAGCGACGUCUCCGCUGAAGAGAGGGAGACGUUUAUAAAAGAAAGGGAGUCGUCUUCCGCCACUCCACAUUCGAAACCUUCCCUGGAAAGUGCCUCGAGCGCGUCCUCCACGUCUCUAGUCCUCGAGAACCUGAACACAAUGCAAUCCGUGAACCAGCCUCUGAAACCCUUGCAAUAUCGAGAUGACGACAGUGAUCCGGAGCUACCAAGAUUCAACGACAAGAACUACACAAUCAGCGGGCAACGCAUGUCAAAAGGGUUGCGGCGCAGCCUAUGGAUUGUAUCGAUCGUCGCCAUCGUCGGUUGGGCAUUUGCGCUCUUCAUAUUUCUGGCAGGUGGACGGUACAGGCAUGCUUCUACAUUGGACUAUAACCAUGAAGCGCCAAUGAAGAGUUCGGGGAAGAAGAUCACCCUCGAACAAGUCCAGUCCGGACAAUGGCAGCCUAAGUUCGCCUCUGUCGCGUGGACAGCUGGCCCCCAAGGCGAGGAUGGUCUGUUGUUGGAGAUCAACCAACCUGGGAAGGACUAUCUGGUGGUGGAGGACAUACGCAGUCGCACGUCGUCAGCAUCGAGUGACUUCAAGAACAGAACUUUGAUCAAGAGUGGCUGGAUUCAGUUCAAUGGACAGCAGAUGUGGACGGAUGACUUCUGGGUCAGUCCGGACAUGAAACAUGUCCUUCUCAUGGCGAAGAGGGAAAAGGUAUUCCGGCAUUCCUUCGUCGGGCUUUACUUCAUUCUCGACGUCGAGUCUCAAGCCAUUCAGCCAUUGGAUCCUGCUUUCCCCAACAAACGGAUUCAAUUGGCCAAAUGGUCCCCACAGAGUGAUACUGUGGUGUUUACCAGGGACAACAACUUGUAUCUGAGGUCCUUGUCUUCAGGAAAGGUCACUGCUGUGACGGACGAUGGAGGUCCAGAAUACUUCUACGGCAUCCCAGACUGGGCAUAUGAGGAGGAAGUCUUCGGCACCAAUUCUGCAACGUGGUGGGCAAAAGAUGGUCAAUAUCUGGCUUUCUUACGCACAAACGAAACUGUCGUCCCCGAAUAUCCAGUCCAGUACUUUCUUUCCAGACCCAGUGGAAAGAAGCCUAUUGAAAGCCUGGAGAAUUAUCCUGAAGUCAGAGAGAUCAAGUAUCCCAAAGCCGGAGCUCCAAAUCCUGUUGUUGAUAUGCUGUUCUAUGACAUUGCUAAGGGGCAAGUCUUCAGCGUCGACAUUGCCGGCGGGUUUCCCGAUGAAGACCGCAUCAUUUUCAACGUGUUGUGGGCCGAUGACGGCAAGGUCUUGGUCUCCGAGUCAGAUCGCGAGAGCAGUCGUGUCAGAGUGGUUCUUGUCGACGUUGUCACGCAGACGGGCGAAACCGUCAGGACUGUUGACCUGACUGAAGUCGACGGAGGAUGGAUCGAGCCUACACAGCAUGCCCGGUAUAUCCCGGCCGAUCCUGCUAACGGCCGACUCUUCGACGGAUAUGUCGACACCGUUGUUUCGGACAACGGCGAUCACCUUGCUUACUUCUCUCCACUCAACAGCUCUAUUCCCAUCAUGCUGACAAAAGGGGACUGGGAAGUGGACGGCGGGCCUGCGGCUGUUGAUAUGAAAAACAACGUGGUCUACUACAUUGCUGCCAAAGAAGCACCGACUCAACGCCAUUUGUACAGUGUCAAGCUGGACGGCACGGAAACACAGUCUCUGGUCCCCACCGCCGAGGCAGGGUACUGGUCAUCCAAGUUCUCGACCGGAGCAGGCUACAUCAACCUGUUUUACGAAGGACCUGGCAUCCCCUAUCAGAAGGUCACAUCGACGCCGGCCAACCCCGAGAAAAUCGACCAGGUCCUGGCCGACAACAAGGCUCUGUCGCAAAUGGCAUCUUCGCACGAACUGCCUCAGCAAGUCUUCCAGAACAUCACGGUUGACGGCCAGAUGCUGCAGGUGGUCGAGCGGCGUCCGCCCCACUUCGACGCGAAGAAGCAAUACCCCGUCCUCUUCUACCUGUACGGCGGGCCCGGGUCGCAAAUGGUCAACCGCAAGUUCCACGUCGACUUCCAGUCCUUCGUGGCCUCCUCGCUGGGCUACAUCGUCGUGACUGUGGACGGGCGCGGCACGGGCUUCAUGGGGCGCAAGGCGCGCACGGUCGUGCGCAACGAGCUCGGCAAGUACGAGGCGCAGGACCAGAUCGCCGCGGCCAAGAUGUGGGCGGCAAAACCGUACGUCGACGCGUCGCGCAUGGCCAUCUGGGGCUGGUCGUUCGGCGGCUUCAUGACGCUCAAGGUCCUCGAGGCCGACGCCGGCCAGACGUUCCGGUACGGCAUGGCCGUCGCGCCCGUCACCGACUGGCGCUUCUACGACUCCAUCUACACGGAGCGCUACAUGCGCACGCCGCAGCACAACCCGCAGGGCUACGAGGCUGCGGCCGUCUCCAACGUCACGGCCAUGGCCCAGAACGUGCGCUUCCUCAUCAUGCACGGCGUCGCCGACGACAAUGUCCACAUGCAGAACACGCUGACGUUGCUGGACAAGUUCGAUCUCGCCGGCGUCGACAACUACGACGUCCAUUUCUUCCCGGAUAGCGAUCACAGCAUCUACUUCCACAAUGCCAACCAUAUCGUCUACGACAAGUUGACCAAGUGGUUGGUCAACGCGUUUAAUGGCGAGUGGUAUCGCACUGAGGAUCCGAAACCUAUUGAAUGA